GCACCGCGUACCGGCAACUCGACUACUCGCUACUGGACUGCUCAGCUGGCUCAUCAUGGCACCAUCAACAGUCCCAUGUCAGUACAAGACUGGGCAGGUUCUCGGUCAGGGCACCUAUGCCGUCGUCAAACAGGCCGUGCAUAUCGAGACGGGCAAGAUGUACGCUGUCAAAGUGAUCAACAAGCGUCUCAUGUCGGGCAGAGAGCACAUGGUGAGGAACGAGAUCAAUGUGCUCAAAAAGAUCUCUGAAGGCCAUCCAAACAUCCUCACUUUGCGCGACUACUUUGAGACUGCCAACAAUCUCUAUCUUGUCACGGACCUCUGUACCGGCGGCGAGCUCUUUGACAGAAUAUGCGCCAAAGGAUCAUACUACGAACGCGACGCUGCUCACUUGAUCAAAAUCAUCUGCCAAGCUACAUCUUAUCUGCAUCACCAAGGCAUCGUUCACAGAGACUUGAAACCCGAGAACUUGCUGUUUCGUUCGAAAGAAGAAGAUUCAGACCUGCUCAUUGCCGACUUUGGACUCAGUCGCGUGAUAGACGAUUCACAAUUUACAGUCUUGACAACUACAUGUGGUACUCCGGGAUAUAUGGCGCCGGAGAUCUUCCGCAAAGAGGGGCACACGAAGCCAGUAGACAUUUGGGCGAUCGGUGUCAUCAGCUACUUCCUGCUUGCAGGCUAUACACCAUUUGACCGCGACUCGCAACCCGAAGAAAUCAGCGCAAUCUGCAAAGCCGAUUACACUUUUGAGCCUAAGGAGUACUGGCAUGGCGUAUCGCAGACCGCUCGCGACUUUAUCUCAAGCUGUUUGACUGUAGACCAGUCAAAACGACCGACUGCAGACCAAUGUCUCGAGCAUCCCUGGCUGCAAGCAGACAAGGACGACAGUCAAGAGCGCGACCUGUUGCCCAAUCUGCGGCGUCAAUUCGACGCCAAGAAGACCUUGCGCAAGGCCAUGUGGAGCGUUCGCUUUACGACGGGCGGUCGCAUGCGCAAAGACGACUCGCAUCUCUCACCAGAAGAGAAGGAGCUCAAGAAGCAGGUCUUAUUGGGCAAGCACGAUGCCGAAAACGAAGACGUGCAGAACGUGCUGGCCGUCUCACGGACAGCCUAGAGAUUGUCUGUUUGCGAAGAUGGGCUUGACAUUGAUUGUACAACGGGAAUUGCUGCGUGUAUCUUUGC